UAAAUAUAUCAUUAUUUCAGAAAGAAUGGAAAUGCUAUAAUUUCCGGACUUCCGGUGUUUUCUGACAAAUUAAAGGGAUUUUAUGGAAUCGUGACGUAACGUGUUUAAUCGUCCGAGGUCUCAUGAUCUGAGGCUGUGAGGCUGUUUGCUCCAGUUUAUUUACAACCUUGAAGGUUGGAGGAUGGGCCUACUCUGACCUCCGUUCUAUCCUCCACAAUUCAAUUCAACCAUCGGAGAAUAUAAAUCCGUCCGUGAAUCAAUUCAAAUCCAGAAAUGGCUGGCGUAGCCCAGGAUAAGACGACCAGCCGUGUGGCGCUCUGCUCGGCCAUUUUUGCAGGAUUUGCGUACGUUGGUUACGCAGUUGUGCGUCAAACAUUUGGGAAGAAGUUGGACCGUCCGGGAUUUCUGCGUAAUGAAAAUGAUGUGCUUGGACUGGAGUUGGAUGAGAAUAGAAACGGGAAGGUUUAUCUCAGACGAUUGUCGGGUUCCGCUGCGUGUGGGUCAAACAGAGCUGAGAGCGGUCAACGUAUUCCUCUUUCAUGUGUUCUCCGUCCCCUCUCUGUCAGGGAAAGAAUACGAGAGCUGAACCUGAGUGCUUUAGCGUUUGCGGACACAAUCCUAGCUCUUCAAGGUAAAAGACCCGUGAUAGGGGCGCGUAGCCUUGGUUCCUCCCCCUUCCACUCCCCUCCUAGGAUUCUCUCCCCCCUGGACGCACAACAACUCCCACUCCUAGAAUAUAACCCCUCUUGUCCGGCUACUCCCAGGCUAAGUAGACGAGCCUCGAGAAGAAAUCUGAGCCGACGCAGCCUCGCAAGCAGUGUAAUCAGCCUCACCGAGGCCCAGCAGGAGGAGGCGGAUGCCAGAGCAGAGAGUUUACUCCAGGGAAGGGAAUCUGAACUGACAAGAAGACUGGAGAGUUUGCAGAGUGGAAGAAGUAGAGAACUAACUCCAUACGAAUGCAAGAGCUUGGUGGCCCUGCUGCACAGCUCCGACCUGGAGAAGGUUAAGAGGACCCUGACCACGGUAGCAAACUCUGCAGCAUUCACCAGAAACCAGGAUUCAUUACGUGAAGCAGGAGUUUUAGUUCGGCUACCUUCAUUGCUCGCUAGUACAGACAAUGGUAUAAAGGAGGCUGCUGUGAUUGCUGCUGCUAAUCUGUCCUUGAAUAUUGGGAAUAUGAAGGAGAUGGAGCAGUGUGUAUCCGUCCNCUACUCAACUACACUACAUCCACCUACAGUGGACUACAUCCACAUACAGUAG